GUUCAUCACGAAACACGGUCCCGAAUUCCGUGCUCGAGUCCCGAAAAACGAGAAAAAUCUUUUGUUCGAAUCAUGGUACUUAGUGCUGAAAUUUUUGAAUAACUUGACAUAUUUUAAUUUUUGUUUAAAGUGCUUGUGUGGAUUAUUUUUUUCGGUGGAUUUUAUUGACAUAAGAUGUUAAACCAAAGUUCCUGAAAAAUCAACACAAAUGUACAGAAAAACGGAUAUCAGUCAUCAAUAUGCUCCACACAUAUAAAUAUGGCGGUACAAUACAAAGAGACAUUUGAAAACGGAACGCCAUUAAUAUCCUUGCGCGUGCGCAGGGCUGAUUCCAAAUUCAAAUAUAGCACGGAAAGGCGCCGGAAAUGGGCUCGGCCGGAUGUCGGCGUUUGCUUCCUGUCGUUCUUCGUUUUGAUUGUCGGUUGCCAUGGUUACCAAGAACAGAGAUUUGCCAUGGAACCACAAGAUCAGAGUGCCAUAGUCGGUUCGCGAGUGACUCUGCCGUGCCGUGUGGAGAACAAGGUGGGGCAUCUACAAUGGACAAAGGACGACUUUGGACUGGGGACGAAUCGCAACCUGAGUGGAUACGAACGGUACUCCAUGAUAGGGAGCGACGAAGAAGGAGACUACUCACUCGAUAUCAGGGAUGUGAGUCUAGAAGAUGACGGACUGUAUCAAUGUCAAGUUAGCUCCGGGCUAAAUAAUGAGCCAGCAAUUCGGUCGCGCUACGCUCAGCUAACAGUUCUGGUGGCUCCUGAAGCACCCAGGAUAUUGAGAGGAGCCUUCAUUGAUGCCACAGAAGACCAGCCAGUGGAUAUCGAGUGUGUUUCUUCAGGAGGAAAACCUGCUGCUGAGAUCACAUGGUUGGAUGGGAACCAGCAAGUAAUUAAUAAGCCAGUCAAGAGUACAGUCGAAUUGUUGCCAGACGGCCAACGAUAUAUUACAAGGUCGGUAUUGCGGUUAACCCCGACGAAGGGUCACCACAAUCAAACUAUUACGUGUCAAGCACAGAACACGGCAGACAGAGCUCCUAGGAUGGCCACUGUACAUAUAGAGGUCAAAUACAUACCAAAAGUAAACAUAUCAAUCAGCUCCGGAGCGCACAGAGGCAAGAUACCAGAAGGGUCGGAGUUGAGGGUCCGGUGUGAUGUGGACGCAAAUCCUCCUGCACAGUUCUAUCGGUGGUACAUCAACAAUAACCCUGUGAUCGGGGAUUACGCUGAUGAGAUGAUCAUCUUCAAUGUGACUCGAAAACACCACAACGCACUAGUCAAGUGCGAAGUCAGCAAUUCCGUCGGAAAAAGUGAUGGAAAUCUCACCUUAGAAGUUACCUAUCCACCAACCUUCAGAACGAGGCCUCAGAAUGUGGAGACCGACAUCGGCUCCAGUGUAGUACUAAGCUGUGAUGUCGAUGGUCAGCCCCAGCCGGAGAUCAGGUGGCUGUUCCAUGAGCCAGGACGGAUAGGGGUCAAAGGAAAGGCUCCCAACUUGAAGGUCUACGUGAACGCGGAGACAGCUGGACGGUACAUCUGCAAGGUCAUUGAGGAAGGGUACCCUGAGAUCGAGAGUGAAGCUACCAUCUUCAUUAAGAGUGCUCCCAAAAUUCUUUCGAACCGAACUCAGUUCGGUAUGGAAGGAGAGAGUGUGAGGAUAGAAUGCGCUGCACGAUCAGUUCCAAAGCCUGAUGACAUCAGGUGGUACUUCGAGGGACGAGAGAUCAGUGUCAUCCAGGACCCUGAUUACGCGACCUUAGAAGAGACCUUACCAGAUGGUGUGAUUAAGUCCAGCUUGGUGAUCAGAGCCAGCCAGUCCAGACACUAUGGACAGUAUAACUGCAGUGUGACCAAUGAGUAUGGAAACGCUAAUGCGGCCAUAUUGCUGAAACCUUUGAAAACCCUACCGCUAUACAUAAUCCUGAUCGGUGUGACAUCUGGUAUCGUUCUGUUCUCUGCCUUCAUCAUUCUGGUGGUGGUCUGCCACCGAAGGAGACGGAAGAAGGGUCAGAUGAAUGAGAAGCCAGAUGUUACAGUCACUACUGGAGAUAUGUAUAACAAGGAGAGCGAUAGGAGCUCUAAUAUAAGUGAUCUGAAGCUGCAGCUGCCUCAAAGUGAUGGGAGCUAUGAAUUGGAUUACACAAGCUCCGAUCGUUCAGAUAGCAAGAUGCAUGCAGGUCUACCUCUAGCAGGUCCUGUGCCUCUCCCCAACCUUCGACACGAUGAUCCUCUGAUGCAAUUCCGAUACAGCAACGAUUACUCCGAUCCAACGUAUAGUGAUCCUUAUUUCAAGAGCCCCGCGGGGUACGUGUACGACUACCCACAAGGGUACGCCCCUCCCCCCCACCUCCGGGUACAGUCACCCCCCCUCGAGCCGCCUAGUAGGUCAUUACAAGGUUCAUUGACGCGCAGCAUCGACACGGCGUCGACGCUCCCAUUGUCAGCUGGCAAUGGAUCGCAAAAUAAUACGUUACAACGAACGACCAAGUCUUCAGAUGAAACGGACGCAAUUAAUAGUCUGGGACUUCCAGUCGGUGAUGCGUCCCCGACACCUAUAUAUGCCCAGCCAAAUACAAAACCUCAACCCAAUGUGGAUUUGAGGUACUCGGCUACGUAUGGAAACCCGUAUUUGAGGAAUAAUAAUAUGGGUUAUAGUAGUCAAGUGCAUACAGCGAAGCCAGCGUCCACACCGGCGCCGCCUCCAUACUCGGCGGUUCGAAACUCAGCCGUUUUACCUACAGGUAAUGGCAGUCAGCCGUCUCAAGGUACCCAUGUAUAACAGAGGCGUCAAAUCAUAAGAAUAGUGUAAAAUUGACUCUUGAAAAAUCAGCUGUAAUGAGCUGAAAGUUUAUCAUACUAUGUUCCUGAAUUUUCAUACGACUGAGGUGUAUAUAUGAUAGGAUAAGUCUGAAGGCUUGUUUAAUAAUUUUGAAGGACUUAGGGCUGAUUUUUCAAUGGUUAGAUAAAAGUUAACUGGGGAAUAAUUAUGAUGCUGUCGCGUCAGAACGUUUGUAUAAGACAGUGACAGCAACAGUUUUAUUCCUCAGAUAACAUUUAUCUGACUGUUGAAAAUCAGGCCUAAAUCGAAGAUUUUUUUACUAAAAGUGCAUGCAAAAGAGAUUAUAUUUCAUCACAAAAUGUAUAAGGUAUCAUUAUUUUGACGAUAAUUUACUCGAAGAUAGUGAAUUGAAAAUUGUAUUUAUUUGCACCAAAAUAUUAUUUAAUUAUUAAUUCUCUGUUUCUCUUUUGCAUUCACUUUCGUACUUCGAAUUAUAAUGACUUGAAUAAUUUAUUGCAUUUCGAAAAUAAUGAAAUAUUUCAACUGUCUCUUGUGUUAAUUAUUUUGCGUUAAAUCGUCAAAAUAAUUGGUCGUAAUUAUUAUUGGACUAUGCAAUUCUAUUGCUUCGUAUUUUGUAUAAAAAUUAAAUGGAAUAUAUUUUUGUAAAUACAAUAAAUAAAGAAAUGCAUGAAAAUAAUAACUAUCUAAUUUUUUUUUGUAAUAAUUAAAAUAUUUUUGUUACAUUCUGUAUAAAGAAUUUUAUCUGAGAAUAAUGAGUGCAUUUUAAACCUAUAUACAUUACAGAUUUAUUUUUUAAUUUGUUAAUAUCGAGUCCGAUUAUUUAGUUCAUGCGAUUGCUCAAUAAAUGAAUCGGUUAACGAUUUUUUAUUUAUAAUUCCAUUAAUUUCCAAUUAGUAUAAUAUAAAACAUUUAUUAUAUAAACUAUACAGACUGAAAAUAAAAUAUUUUAUAAAAUUUAUAUAGAAAAAAAGAAAAAUAAAUAUCUUCGUAGAUAUUGUUGAUGAUUUUUUGUGUUGUCUGUUCACUGUCGCUUAGUUGUUUUUAAACUUUAUAAUAAUACGACAGUUUGACUAGAUAGAAUAAAUUAAUUAGCUAAAAAUGUCAAUGAUAGGAAAAUCAUAUUUUCUGUGAUAAUUAUAUAGUGAAAAGAAAUUAGGAUCGCAUCUUCUUAGUUCCAUAUUAUAUGUAAUAGAUAAGAUUCCGAAUAAUGUGUGACAACCCAAAAAAUAUAGUUUUAAAAAUAUCCUUGUUAUUCGUGUGCCACUAUUUUAAUUUUAAUUUUCAUUUAAAAUGUAAAUAGAUGUUAAUAAUGUAAGUUAUUGCAGCUUUACGAAAUGUCACCUCAUUGAAUGGGCAUAAUUAUUAAUGGCAAAAUAACAAUUUUCUGUUGUUAAAAAAAAUGUAAUGAAAAUGUAUAAAAAAUAUUGCAUGAUACAGUGUUUUCGUUCUUUGCAUGCGAUUAUAAUUAUUAUUAUUUGUCAUUAUUUUAAAUGAAUAAUGAUAAUUAUCAGAAUAAAACUUUUGAUUUUAUUAUA